AUGUUGAUUGCCUCCGAUAAUAUUAUCUUUUCUGCUACUGGAAUCCAGCAAGGUGAUCCACUUGGUCUGCUACUAUUUGCGAUGGCUAUUGACGGGGUAGAUCGUUCCAUCGCCUCUUUUUUCAAUAUAUGGUAUCUUGACGAUACAACGUUGCGAGGAUCCAUCGAGGCCGUAGCUGCUGACCUCCGACGAAUUAUUCCUGCUUUAUCUCUGCUUGGACUUGAGAUUAACUCGUACAAUGACCCACCUAUCUAUCUAUCUAUCUAUCUAUCUAUCUAUCUAUCUAUCUAUCUAUCACAAUCUGUUCAUUUCUCUCUCUUACUAUCAAAAUAUGUUCAUAUUUCUUUCUUUUUCACUCUCGCUUUCUCUUUCUCUAACUACCAUAUUGUCAACGUUUUGUUAUUUUUAAAAUUCAAGCAAUUAUUCCACCAUGUUGUGGAUAUAAAUGCGGAAUCAGAAAUUGUAAAAUAUUUAAAGUUUUCUCUUGCUGCCUGA